CAUAAAAGUAUGUAUAUGAAAUUGAGAUUUUUGCCCUUUUUUUUUUUUUAGCUCUGCUUGUUUGUUGUUUCCACUGAUACUUCUCCUCGCCAGUCGUCAGUAUUCUCCGACUCUUCUUCUUGCUGUCUAUCACUGUCACGGCCAACGAACGCCGACGGAGCUCGUUAAUUAAACCGUGGCCGGAGGCCGGAGCUCUCUAUUUCGUUAGCUCCCACUAGGUUUCGGUCGAACCCAGAGAGCGAGAGAAGAAACAGAAAGGGGGUAAAAAUAUGGAAGGCGUGGGGUCUCGGCUCGGCCGCGCGUCGUCUCGGUACGGCCCGUCGGCAACGGCGAACGUGUUCAACGGUCCGGUGAGGAAGUGGAAGAAGAAGUGGGUCCACGUUUCUCCACCGCCGGCCACUAAUAACAACAGCUCUCGCUCCAACGGCCACCACAGCGCCGCGUUGGGGAACGGCAGCAGCAACGAGAGCUCUCGCCUCUUGCUCUGUCGAUGGACCCCUCUCGCUGUCGGAGGAGCAGCAGGCGACGGCGAAUCUUCCGCCGCGGAGGAGCCUCCCAGGCGGAAGUUCCGCUACACUCCGAUUGCAGCGCUGGAGGAGAGAAAGAAGGCAGCGAAAAGCGUUGAUGUUGAGGUCAAAGAAAGUGAGGGGAAUCAGAUUAGUGAGUCCAAUGCUUCUGAGAAUGAUGAGCCGGAGGAUGAUGAUGAGACUAUGAAGGAAGAGGCACAGGAUCCAGAUAAUGGUGGUACCCUGGACCUGGGGCUGUGCCCGAAAGGCCAACUCAACGAGGACAAAGAGUCCCCAAGCGAGCACGAGGAAACAAUGGAGGCGGCGGCAAGUUCAAGCAGGGCAUGGGCUUUUGGUUAAACACCAGGAAGGUUGGGAGGGGAUCAAUUCUGGCAGUAGCAUUAGUGAUAGUCUCGUCAGAAUAAGAACAUUCGAGACUCGUCGUUAUAUCGUAUUGUAUAUGGCUUGUAGCUCUGUGUUACCAACCCGCCUAGGCAGAAACCAGUCGUAGCUUGUCAUUGUCUAUGUUGUUUGGUGUUAGUAUGUAUAUACCUGAAGUCUCGAGACUAUACAUUUCAGUGAUCCCUCUGUAAGUAUCACAGUAGUUAUUUCAGUGAUCCUUCUGCUAAUGCUAUCGUGUUUGAUUAGCAACUAAAAGACGGAAAGGAAACGAACAAAAUGAAUCUCUCUUCAACAAUUUGGGGAAGGAAGCACGUAACAGAAACCCCUCAAAUCUACAACAUUUUCAGGCACAACGAGAAGCAUCUUCUCAUCAUAGCUUCCCAGCAUCUUAUAAACUAUCCCAGAUAAAUAAAACAGACAAAUGCCUGAAUGAUGUCGAACACCGGAUGACAAGAACAGUUUCUCCCAAGAGUCUGCUUUUUUUUAUCAUAACAAUUGAAUCAUUUCGCUUAAGAGUCCGCCUCUGCUUCAUUCUCUACUGAUUGAGUAACACCGACUUCUGCUGGUCGAAUCACCCGUUCAUGGAGCAUGUAUCCUGCCUGAAUUUCAGAAACACAUACCUCUUCAGCAAAAGGUGUUCUAUAUUCAUGACUUCCCAAAUCAGAGACAAUUUAACAUGCAUCAGCCAUACUAUCAAACUACGUACACAUCAGGAAGAAGCAAUCAAGAGCGAUGACAGAACUCACAGAACUCGUGCUGCAGAUUAAACAAACUGAGAAUUCAUCC